GAUCUCUUCACGUCGGAAUGCAAGUUCAAAGAGUCUGUCUUUGAGAACUAUUACGUCAUCUACUCCUCCACACUGUACAGGCAGCAGGAGUCUGGCCGGGCCUGGUUCCUGGGCCUCAACAAGGACGGACAGAUCAUGAAGGGAAACCGAGUAAAGAAAACCAAGCCAUGCUCCCAUUUUCUACCCAAACCAAUCGAAGUCUGCAUGUACCGGGAGCCCUCACUGCACGAGCUGGGAGACAAGCCAGGACGUUCACGGAAAAGCUCAGGAACUCCAACCAUGAACGGAGGCAAAGUGGUCAAUCAAGAGGAGGGCACAUAGCAGGAACCUCAGGCACAGACGGGUGGACGGGUGGACGGACGGGCAGACAACAGACACACAAGACAACCUGAACUGAAUCGAAAGACACAACUUUGAGAAACAUCAAGAACUUCCCACCUCAUCUCUUUAUCUCCCUGCCCCGCCCCAGUCCGCCCCGCCCAGUCUCCAUCGAGAGACGAGGUUUGUUUUCUUGGAAUGAUCGACCCUUCACAUGAACUCAAUCGUUGCUUGAAAGAAAAAAGUUGGGGGGUGGGGGGGGAGGGGAGGGAGGAGAAAAGAAAAUUAAAAAUCAGGACUUGAUUUUUUUUUCAUUCUUUAUGCCAAACCUCUCUCCGCUCUGAGGUGAAACUCCGCGAGGAAAUAGAAUAUUAUUAAAUAAAGGAAACAAACCGAAAA